CAGAAAAGGAGGUCGAUUUGUUUAGCUUUUGAGGAAAAAUACGUCCCAGUCUUCUUCUGGUAGCGAAAGAACCAUAAUGCCGCUGGCAUUCUUUCAGACCCAGACAGCACUUGGGUAGAACCACCGACCUUUCACAAGCAAGCUAGAUGACUUCCUCAAAUGAAAAAAAUGUACACCACAACUAAUAGCGCUGAGCGGCAACACACUUUGAGCACUAAACCAGAGAGGCACCGGCCGCUAAAAAGAAAUUUGAUAGCAUGUCUGCCGACCGCUCGGCUGGGAGAUCUUUAGAACAAACUCCACGGAGACCAGAGCUUUGUAACUGAUCAUAUGACAACCAGUGUUUCUAGAACUGAAUAGGAAUGGACAGUGUACCAGAUUAUUACCCUGACGUGUCUCGACGUCUGUCCCAGGUGCUGGAUGAUAUAGGAGUGAAUGAGAGGACUGUCAAUGUGAGGAGACGUACUGGGCUGCUGAGGGAGAGUAUGCAGACAUUGAGUCACAAUGUUCUCGGCGGGGACAUAAAGUGUUAUCAUUUCGGUACUCAGACGGAAGGUACUACUACUUUAGGACUGAAUUCCGAUAUCGAUUUACUGACCUGUCAUAAUAAGUAUAAUGUGAUACAAGACUGGGGAGAUUGGAAACAAGGUAAACUGAACCUAUUAAUGAUUCAGGAUGAUACAGUACCACCAGGUUAUUGUAGACUUCAGUGUUUACGACCAGAUAUUCCUGUAGCUGAGGAGGAAUUACCCGAUGAGCAUUUUGAAUAUGACAUUGAAAGAAGGGUGCUUUUGAAGAAUACAUUCUUACACCAAGGAUUGCCUGAAGGACAUGUUAGACAUGGUCCAGCAGCUACAAAUGAAAAUAGCAAUUUUGACCUCGUGAGUGCUUUUCUGUGUAAAAUAUGGCCAAGUGAAGCAGAAACAUGGAUGUUUAGAUAUUAUGCGAAACAGUCACAUAAUGUCCAUUUAAUAAGACAUUCAGUACAGUCAGGUUGUUUUCUGGUACCUACUGGACACAGUUCUAGUCAAAACGAGAGAUUAGAAUGGAGGAUAUCUACCUCAUUGGCUGAAAGAUAUAUAAUGUUCAAUAUGAAUGUCACACAAAUCAGAUGUUACGUACUUCUGAAAAUGAUAAUGAAAACCUUUAUUACUCCCGAUUUUCCAGACACAAUAUCAAGCUUUUACUGUAAAACAGUUUUAAUGUUUUUAGUUGAAAAUUCACAAUACGAACUUUGGCAUGAAGAUAACUUACUAUUAUGUGUUACGUCAUGUCUAAGAUUAUUACAGAAUUUCAUCUAUGCUGAUAAUUGUCCUCACUAUUUCAUUCCCGGAAAUAAUCUGAUGGCGGAAAAGUUUGAUUUUAGAACAAGACAACAACUUAUCGUAGCUCUUGAACAUAUUAUGUGUAAAUGUGGUCGCGCUUUACUGGGGAUAGAAAUAGACAAUGUCGGAGAUCGCCUGAGAGACAAAUGCGGUUUCGUGCAGGCAAGAUGUAAUUAUCAGACAACUGAUCAAACUCAUUAUGCAAUAUAUAGUAUAUUAUACUAUGAUAUAGUGUAUGAAAUGAUUGUUGCUAAUUCAGAUAUAAAAGUAACAAAUGAGGUGGAUAUCGAGAGGAUAUUUUCCGAGAUGAAAACGCGCUUAUCAGCUGUGCUACAGGUAUACAGGUGUAGUGGAGGUAUAGAACGCGAGAGUUUUUUAUUGAUGAUACCGUCACUUUGUACAACAAUGGGAUCAUUGCUAGCAUCUUACAGAAUUUCACAAGGGCAAAGUGUUUCUAACACAAGUUUGUCGUUAUUUUCACUGGGAAUUGAUUCUGAUGUUGCAACUGGAAGACUUAAACUAGCAUCAGCGUUAUUUUGUGCCGGGGAUCUGGAGAGGACCGUGAUCGUACUUCGUGACGUGGAAGAAAGAUAUAAUCCUCGUGUCACUCAACCGCUAUGUCGCUGUAUCAGUACAGACCUACAAAACUCUACAUGGAGAUUUCCUAUUAAUAUUCUCCAUAUUGAAAAUGUCAGUUCCUUAACAUCUUACUUUGCAUUUGGAGUUUCAUUUACACGUGGAGAGGUGCACUGCGUUCCUCGUGCUCUUCAGUAUGAAAUGUUUAGAUGUACAGAAGAAGAAAGAGCCAUGCGUGAUGAAGUGGACGACUGGAUGGACUGGGCUGUCGCUGAUCCUCUCCCUUACCUGUACUACCUUCAGUACCUGACAUAUGGUCAACUUGGCAGACAAAGAGAUCAACAGAGAGCUCUUAACAAGCUAAUAAUAACCGUAUCUACAGAAUCACUUCUCUUCCAUAAGGAGACUACACUUAAUUUACUCGGUCAAUGCAUGGAACAAGAACACAGUUUAAUGGACGCUCUAGUUUGUUACAGAUGUUCAUUGAAUGAGCGACCGACACACAACGUUGCGAGAUGGCAUAUUGUUGGUCUUCUUAGAAAGAUAUAUCAUUGAUAAUAUUUGUGCAUUAAUUACAACAGCGUUUAAAUUUAUGAGAAUAAUUAUGAAUUAUGUUUUUAUGCCCCCGGCAUCUACUGAUGCGGGAGGCAUAUAGUUAUUGUCCUGUCCGUCUGUUCAUUCGUCCGUCCGUACGAGGUUAACCAAAUGGGACCGUUUCGUCUAGCAUCAAUACCCCUUACUAGAAUGACUUGAUACUAAUGCAGGUAGAUGUAACCUGUGACCAUUCCUCAUCUUCAGACAUCACCUGACCUCAGUUUGACCUUGACCUUGAACUUGACCUCGUUUUGGACUCCAGUUGCUUUGUAUCGACAAGGAUGCCACCGGGGGCAUCAAGCGUUUAUUGAACGCAGCUCCUUGUUUAAAAAUAUAAUUUCUCCGUAUCAAGACCUUGAUAACUGUUAUACUUCGAUACUUCUAUGGUAAACAUGUAUGUUAAAAUAGA